AAAAAUAGCAAAAACAACAAACGCAGUAUCCUUCCGGGGUAAACAUUUCCAGCGUUUCGUUUCCUGUUGCCGUCGGUUUUGUUCGAUUGUCGGAAUCCGGUUAGUCACUUGGUGCCAAAACCGCUCCCAAGUUAGGUCGUUGUCGCCGUCGUCGUCGGGAAAUAGUCGCGAAGUCAUUUCCCUACGUUUUGUCGAGUAAGCAUAAAAUUGAAGGUGCCAAGCUGUGUAAUUCGCGUUUCUAGGCGUUGUGUUGUUUGUUGGGCGAUUGUUUAUCGGUGCUGUCCAGUUGUUGAGUCGAUUGCCGAAGGUCCACUCCCACAUCCAGAAUGGCCGAGAUGAAGGCGGAUAUCGAAAGCGACGCCGAGCAGAACUACUCGAUGAACGUUGAUCCCAAGAAUAUGCAGGAAUUGACCAUCUAUGUCCAGAGUCUGAUGCAGAGCGUCCAGGACAAGUUCCAAACGAUGUCGGACCAGAUCAUAUCCCGUAUCGAUGACAUGGGCAACAGAAUAGACGAUCUGGAGAAGAGCAUCGCCGAUCUGAUGCAGCAGGCGGGCGUCGAAGGGGGCGAAAAGUAAAAACCGAAGUAAUCAAUGUUCUUGCGUUUAUACGAAUCAGAGAGAAUUGCUGUAAAUUUUACCUAUUUUAUUAGUUAGGCACAACUCAUUGGAUUCGCCAUUCGGUCGUUAACUGAUUGCAUUUUGUUUUGUUUACAUAUUGUGUACGUGAGGGCAGGAUGUGCGGGAACAUAAAAUUUCGUUUAGCAUAUUUUAUUUUCUUUCUGGGGUGCAUAAGAUUUAUUAUUUUAGGGACGAACAAUUUGCUUUCGCCAACAAGGGAGAACCUAGUUUUCCCCCAACCACACACCUUUCCUUUUACUUUUAUUCGGAAGCAAUUCAAACGAUGAGGCAAACCACUAUUGGCGGGACAAUUUCAUAGGAAACCCGAUUUUUGGUUGGGAGAACUAAAAACUACCUAGUACAGUAAGAAUUAUCGAUAAAAUACCCUAUCAUUCACAUUCUUUCUAAACCACAAACUCACCCACAAAUCGAUCGCUAACACAACCACAAAACUGAAUGAAACAGUGGCAGGAAACCAAAUGAAAAACAAAUAAAAUUAAUGAUAGCACACCAAAAUAACUGAUAUGUAGUUGAA